CUCCCUUCUGACUGAUCCACGCUGGAGACCGCCGACGGCCAUCGCAGCAAGCCAUGGAAGCGACACCAGCGAGCAGCGUCGAGGCUUCGGCGACUGGCCCCGUCCAGUUUCGUGACGACCAGACAUUCGACUGGGAAGCUUACAUCGCCAAUUACCAAGGUCGCACCCGUAUUCAGCGUCUCCUCUUCCUUGCAUCGCAGUCGCCUGCCUUGCGGAAGCCAUGUUCAGAGGCCGCUCUCCACCUCAUCACCUCCUCCACAAAGGAUGUCAAUGCCUAUCAUCAGGCCCUCGCCCUUCGCAAUACGACAGCCCAUCAUGACCAGGCAGCCUUGCCCCGUGAUCAGAGGCUGCCAGCCGACACAGCUUGGAUCGAAUCCACCGAGCGCAGCAACAGGGCCGAGUCGCAGAAGCUGGACCUCGAGCUGAGGAACUACACCAACAACCUCAUCAAGGAGAGCAUUCGGAUGGCGCACAGGGAUCUGGGAGACCACAUGAGAGCAACGGGCAAUUUGACCGAUGCGCUCAAGUGCUACAUGAAGACGAGAGACUACUGCAGCACGAGCGAAGAUGUCGUUGAGAUGUGCAUCAAUGUUAUCGAGGUUUCGCUGGAGCUUCAACAAUAUGGCAAUAUUGCCACAUACGUCUCCAAGGCAGAGGGUCUUCUCGACUCGUACAAUCCCAACGCCGCCACCUCUUCCUCGGCAAAGGCUAGCGGAUCUGGCUCGGUCCAACCUGCAAGCAAGGGAGGUACGACAUCAGGCGCUGAUGCCAUCGGCGCCCUCUUCCGCGCCGGCGGCUCGGCAGGCCAGACGAAUGCAGCCACCGUUUCGGCCCUCUCUGCCCAGCUCUCCGCCGGGGGUGCUGGCCAGACUUCAGCACAGCGCGAGGCCGAAGUGCAGAGCAAGAAGCAAAUUGCAAACAUUGCUGCCAAGCUCAAUGUCGCCCAGGGUAUCGCUGCUCUGGGUCAAGGGAGGUACGCGGCAGCGGCCAAGUGCUUCUUGGUCGGUGACUCAGCAGCGCCCGACGCAUACACAAGCAUGGCCUCACGAGCCGACGUAGCCCUCUACGCAAUCUUGUGCAGCCUCGCAAUGUAUGAUCGCAAGAGGGUCCGAACCGAAGUCGUAGAGCGACCCAGCCUGGGUGCCUUUCUCGAGCACGAGCCGCAUGCCCGCGAGCUGCUCGACAGCUUCUAUGCUUGCGAGUACAAGAAGACGCUUGAGCUGCUGGACCGCCACGAGGCGCGCUAUCUCGUCGACGUGCACCUGGCCCGCCACUACCUCGACCUGCGCCGGUCCAUCACGGACCGUGCCCUGCUGCAGUUCGUGCAGCCCUUUGAUGCCGUCAAGCUCGAGCGCAUCGAGCAGGCCAUCUGGUCCGACGAGCAUGGCGGCGCUCGUGCGGCCAACAAGGUCCUCGAUCUUAUUCAGCAGGGCCGCAUCGACGGAAAGAUCGACUGGAUAGCGAAGGUGGUCAAUGUCAGGAAACCAAAUGUCCGCCAGGAUCUCUUCGAGGAGGCCUUGAAGAGCGGGCAAGAGAGGAUGGACUCGGCGAGACGCCUUGUCUUCCGCAUGAGUCUGGUCCAGAAUGGCCUCGUUGUCAAGACGCCAUAUGACCGCCUCGACCGCUAGAUGUUGGAUGAGAACUCAACCAUUUACUGUACCAUACCUAACACACAAUUCACACAUACACACAC